AUGAUCACCACGUCGCCGAACGACGAGGCCACGGAGGAAAGCCCCAAGAUGAUCACCACGUCGCCGAACGACGAGGCCACGGAGGAAAGCCCCAAGAUGAUCACCACGUCGCCGAACGACGAGACCACGGAGGAAAGCCCCAAGAUGAUCACCACGUCGCCGAACGACGAGGCCACGGAGGAAAGCCCCAAGAUGAUCACCACGUCGCCGAACGACGAGGCCACGGAGGAAAGCCCCAAGAUGAUCACCACGUCGCCGAACGGAAAGACCACCCCCGAUCGCCCUGAGAACGGGACGCCCGCUCGCUUCUGGCCAUCCAUCGUACUCACGUUGGGCUUCAUCGUUGUCGGCCUCGCCGAGCGC